CUGUUUUUGACCACCGCCUGUUUGCACCCUGUCUGUAUCUCUGCCUGUGACUUAGCUGUGCCUCGACCCUCGCCUCUACCUUGGAUUCUGCUUUGCUAUUAAACAAACUUUUACUAUGGUCUUGGAGCUGUGCAUGUGGGUCUGCUCAAAAGAGCCCUGACAAAGUCUUAGAAUCAGAAAGACACAAGUUCAGUUCAUGACACAAGAAAAUAUUUGAUUUAAUGUUGACAUCAAAUGUACUGUAGCUUGUGCUUCUCCACAGUGAAGCGUUCUCUUCAUGAGGUCUCAGACUUGAUGUGAGGAUGGGACACACUUUCCUCUGUGAGCUGCAGUUUCUCUUGCUGAUCAGACUUUUCUGGUGUGGACACGCUGAAGAUGCUGUGUUGACCCUUGAACCCAACCGGACCAGAUUUGUUACUGGAGAGUCUGUGACCUUCACAUGUGACAUGAAGGAGGGAGAAAACACUGACUGGGAAAUUAGAUUCACCAAAGAUGGACAAGACUUUCUUCGUUAUGAUUCACCUCCAACUCUAAAAAUAAGAGAUCUAUAUACAGGAGACAGUGGUGGAUACCAGUGCUCUGGUCACCACAAGAGGAGAUAUCAUACAAAAAACAGUGAAACCAUUUAUUUAACUGUAUCAGUUUUAAACAAGGUGGUCGUGACUCUUCAUCCCAACUGGACUCAGUUGUUCAGUGGAGAGAAGAUCACUGUCAGAUGUGAGAUUGAGGACAGAGGAGACACUGAGUGGGAAUAUGAAUGGAAAACACCCAAAUCAAUAAAAGCCUCAGACCAACAUGAACACACCAUAACUGUUGGCUCAUCAGACAGUGGAGGCUACAGCUGUAAGGGCAGAAUGAAGAGGGAACAACAGUCUUCAACCGUGUGGAGUGAUGCUGUCACACUGAGAGUCUCUGACAAACUUCUCUCUCCAUCAGCUAAAGCCCAGUGUGUCCUCACAGCGUCUCCAUCUUGGCUGAGUCCUGGAGCCUCAGUAGCUCUGAGCUGUGAGGUUGAGCCUCCAUCUGCAGGAUGGAGGUUCUACUGGUACCAGACUGUUCCUGAUGGCUCACACAGCUCCUACAGAUAUGAGCUGCUACCUGGUAGUGAGCAUGGGACUGAACAGGGCUCCUACAUGCUUGAUGGACACACACACACAGCAGGAUAUGUGUGUAGAGCUGCAAGAGGAGAACCAGUGUAUUACACUGACUACAGCAAAGCAGCAUUCGUCUGGUCUGGAGAUGUUGAUCCGUCAGCGUCUCUCACAGUGAGUCCUGACACAGUUCAACACUUCACCCGUGACUCUGUGUCACUGAGCUGUGAGGGAAACUCUACUGAGUGGAGAGUCAGGAGGUUUCCUGAAGGAGGCUUCCUGUCAUCCUGCUCCCACUGGACAACAUCUGGAUCCAGAUGUGGCAUCUACACAUCACAGUCUGGUUCUGCAGUGUUCUGGUGUGAGUCUGGAUCAGGACACUUCAGUAACUCAGUCAACAUCACUGUACAUGAUGCAGGUUUGAUCCUGAUGAGUCCUGUCCGUCCUGUGACUGAGGGACUCUCUGUGAGUCUGAGCUGUAAGUUGAAGACAGGACAAAAAGCUUCCAGUGUGUUUUUCUAUCACAAUGAGCAACUGAUCCAAAACGACAGCAGAGUAGAGCUGAACAUCUCUGCAGUGUCAAAGUCACAUGAAGGUUUCUACAAGUGUUGGUACCAAGGAACAGAGUCUCCACAGAGCUGGAUGGCAGUGAACGGAUUCUGUCCUGAAGCUCCAUCAUUUUCUGCCUCCUUUACUGUUGGACUGGUUGUUAGACUUUCAGUGAUUGUUUUCCUGCAGCCGCUGCUGUGGUGUGUUUGGAGAAAGAUAAAAGGUGAGACUCUGUAAAUUCUGUCUAAUACUUGAUGAAACCCUGGAACAGUUUGAGUAUAAAUCUACAUAAUAACUCUACAGUCUCCUCUCUUGUUUUAGCUGUAACAAUAAUUUCCAUUUUCACAGCACACAGAAGUGUGAGCACUGAUCAAAGCUCUGCUACACAGCAAACAGUCAACCAGCUUGAACCUCAGCUUUACUCCUCUCUGCUCCACGGUGAUGUUUGUGUCUAUGAAUCAGUCGAAGGCUCUGGAAACAAUGAUGGUGGUACAGUAUAAUAUCUGAUUAAUGAACAAUUAAUUAACAGCCACAGGUGCAAAUAUGAUCUUCACAGUAGUUUAAUAUUACCAAUCAUAUGAUGUCAAUUCAGGAGGUGUGACACAGAAUUACUGUAAAUUUUAAUACUCAAAAGAAAAAAAUGUUGACUUGAACAUUUAGGACCACCUGCAUAUAAUGUAUAUAUGUGUAAUGUAUAUGUUUAAUGUCAUCUUGUACUUUUAUACAGAUUUGUGUGUGUGUGUGUGUGUAUAAUGCACAGUAAUAUGAUCAGGUGCACAGACACAAAUCUUGUAGCAGCACACUUUUGAUAGUUCUCAUUUUUGUGGUUCUUUCCUUGUUUUUUUUCCUCAAUUGUUUUCAUCUACUGUGUGAUUUUUAAUUAGUCUUAGUAGUAAAGGUGUACCCUCCCUCAUGUUGUUCGAGUUUUUUUUUUAUCUGUUUCCGUUGGAUUUAUACUUUCCCUCAUCCGAAGGCCAGUGCGCAGCAGCAUUACCUUCCCCACGCCAACUUUGUUAAACCCUGGAUAUUCUACAAAAUAUUCAGUGUUGUUCAGGACGUCAAGCUUCCCUGACAAAAUAAGGAGGAAAAUGAAGGGAUGCAGAGGAGGCAGAAACGUUCGUGGAGGAGAAGAGACCUGCGCAAAGAGAAAGUGAGAAGAUUCAAAUGCGUUGAACGCUGAUUAUGGGUAACGUAAGAUAACUGGAUAAUAAAAUUUACUCUAGUUAGAGAAGAAAACCUUUGCAGGGU